UUGUGUGGUGUUUGAAAACCAAUGCUUGCGAUGUGUUUUUGGCUCCAUUGCGGAUCAUAGGAAAAGUUGCGGGCCUUUGCAGACUCUUGUAGCCCAGAGUGCAGUAAACAGCCAUGAAGCUGAAGGCAAGCGUGUCCUCGUCGCGCCGAAAGAACCGCAAGGCGCACUUCACUGCACCCUCCCACAUUCGCCGCAAGAUCAUGAGCGCCCCCUUGAGCAAGGACCUCCGUGCCAAGUAUUCAGUGCGAGCUGUGCCAAUUCGUCGUGACGAUGAGGUAGUCAUUGUGAGGGGUCAUUUCCAUGACCGUGAGGGCAAGGUGACCCAGGUGUACCGCAAGAAGUUCUGCAUCCAUGUGGAGAGGGUCACCAGAGACAAAGCAAAUGGCCAGACAGUGCCGAUUCCUAUUCACCCCUCCAAGGUCAUGAUCACAAAGCUGAAGUUGGACAAGGACAGAAAGGCACUGCUUGAUCGCAAGAGCGGCGCCACCAAGAAGGGCAAGUACACUGAGAAAGACACUGCCUGAGUAGGCCACACCUUUCAGGACAACACUGCAGGCUCGCGACAGAAAAAAGCAUGUUUGCAAAUGGAAAUAUGCAUUGUUGGCAAGGAUCACCUACUCAAGACAUGGCAAAGUGGAAAAAAGUAUAUAGGUCCUCAGGGUAUCAGUA